AUGGAGAUCAUCUGUAUAGAUUCGUCUCCACCCGUGAGCCCAUACAGAACUGCCAAAGUGGUAGAACGUUUGCGCACGUCCCCGCGCAGAAGACCUGGCCCCUCGAUCUACUCUGUAGACGACUUUGACUCAACCGGAGACCUCGAACCCCAGCAAGAACGACCAACGAAGCGACGAAGAUCCAGCUCGCCAAGAAGUUCAGCCCGAAAAACAGUCGACGAAUUCGACCAUGUAUUUGACUUGCCGGCUGGGUGGGAUGCACCAUCCUCGUCUGCUCCUGCGAGGUCCGACACUAGGAAGACGCGCAAACAACGUCCAGCAGAUAUUGAUGACAUCGAGUUCACAUCGUCCGCCCCACAGCCUGGCACAAGCCGCCCAGAACGCAAUGAGCACGUUCAUAUUCUGUCCUCGGACAGCAUCACAGCGGAUGAUAUCCGUCCCUCACAAUCGAACUAUUCGAAUCUUGUAGACAAAGUGCUUGGAUAUACAUCUGUUGACAGAGAUGUGGGCGUUCUCAACAAGAACCGCAAGGGCUUACACCCUUCCGAACCACCGGAGAACAAGGAACGGGAUGCCGCUGACAUUAUAGAAUUCUCCUCCCAGGCUCACCCAGCAUCCGGAAACCAGCAGGCAGGCCCCAGUGCUCGACAUCGAGCUGACACUGCCGACAAGGAGGCCCAGAAAGCAGCUAAGGAGGCCGAAAAAGAAGCAGAGAAGCGCCGGAAAAGGGAAGCAAGGGCGGAAGUUGAAAAAGAAAAGCAGAAGGCCAAGGAUCUUGCUGAAGUGAACAAAGCAAAGACGAAUAAGAAAGAAACCUCUAAGGAGAUGAUCCUAAUAAUGCCUGGCGAGACCCAGGGCUUGAGUCUGGGCAACCAGGUCACCGAGUACAUGCGACAGCACGACGUGCAGAUCAAGUUUGCAGACGAAGAAGUGACACUCGAUAACGUCGAGCCAUGGUUACAUGCCGGAAAGGUCGUACAGUGGAAACGAAAGGUGCAAGCGACGUAUAAUGAGGAUGAAGGUCAGUGGAUGCCUACAGGCCGAUCAAGGACCGAAGACGAGUCUCAUAUUGCUAUGCUGUUGAGUGGUUUGGAGUUCGCGCAGAUUGGGAUGGGCAACGAAGAGGGCGACGAGAUCGCUUUAUCAGUCAUGAAGAAGCAUUUCGACCAACACGUUGCCGGCCUGCGUUUCAGAUAUCCGGGCAGAAGGCUCAUCUAUAUCAUCCAGGGCCUUUACGCGUGGCUCAAAAGGAAUGAGAAUACGAAGAACCGAGAAUACGUUGCGGCAGUGCGGGCAGAGGUAGUCGAUCAGCCACCGUCACAGCCUAAGAAGCGCAAGACAGCGAAACCGGCGCAGCAAUUUCGUGCCAUCACCAACGACGUAGUUGAAGAUAUUCAGCUGUAUCUUCAGGUUCAGCACCAGCCGCUCGUCAUACAUCACACGACAUCAGACGCAGCGACGGCAUCGCAGAUUCUCGCCUUCACACAAAGCCUCUCUUCUCGACCAUAUCGCGUUGUUGAGCUAGAGCACAACCUGAAAUCAGCAUCUUUCUACAUGGGAGCUGGUCAAUUCAAGGGCGGAGAUGACGCCCAGGAGACAUUCGUGCGUAUGCUGGAGGAGCAGCAGCGCGUCACACCCAGCAUCGCGCAGAGCAUUGUCUUCAAGUACAGCUCGCCACGCGAAUUGGUGGAAGCUUUUCGCCAGAACGACAACAUGCUUCUGGAGAAUAUGCGCAAGAGUACGAACAAAGAUGGCGGAUUCAGCGACAAGCGCAUCGGUCCCGUCAUCAGCAAGCGGAUGCACAAAGUAUUUCUUGGUCGGGACCCAGAGGCUACGAGUGGCAUGUCGUGA